GGUGUGAUGGUUCCUACGCUGAAGGAGAUAAGCUAGGAAGCAAUGGGGCUCCUUGUCUUGCCCUUCAGAGAAUUCAAACAGCUCGUAUUAUGGUCAUUUCAUGAAUUUACCCGGAGCCCUUAAACAUAGCAGAACGCAAACCUCGCAGAGUCUCGCGCGAUAACGGAGCGAUUAAAUAGGCGGAAGUGCAGCGUCGUGUUUGUUUAGGUUUUUUACAAGAUGGGGACCGUGUCCUGCUUCGUCUGCGUCUCUGGACUCUUCGCGCUCCUGUGCAGCUCGUCUUGCUCUGCGGACGUGUUCAGCAGCGUCCUGGGAAGCAGCGCGUCCUGUCUCCGGUCAUGUGAAAUGACCUACAGUCUGCACACCUACCCACGGGAGGAGGAAUUCUUCGCCUGUCAGAGGGGCUGUCGUCUCUUCUCCAUCUGCCAGUUUGUCCGUGAGAGCGAGGAUCUGAAUCAGACCAAGUCCGAGUGUGAAUCCACCUGUCAAGAAGCCUACACACACACUGAUGAGCAGUAUGCAUGUAACCUGGGCUGUCAGAGUCAGCUUCCCUUUGCAGAGCAGCGGCACGAGCAGUUGGAGGCCAUGAUGCCAAGGAUUCACCUGCUCUUCCCCCUCACGCUGGUGAGAGGAUUUUGGGAUGAUGUCAUGAGUCAGGCUCACAGCCUUAUCACCUCCUCAUGGACGUUCUACCUCCAGGCUGAUGAUGGCAAAGUUGUUAUUUUCCAGACUGAACCACAAGUCAAGUUCUUCUCCCAGGUUGAUCUGGUAAAAGAUGUUAAAGAGGAACCAGAAAAGAGCCUCCCUUCGUUUAGCGACCCAGUUUACAAAGAAUACCAUCGCGCUUUAAUCCAGGAGCGGGACAGAGACAUGCCCGGGGACCGCAGCUAUGAUGAAUACAACCUCUUCAGCUGUCUGUCAAGGAACCCGUGGCUGCCUGGGUGGAUCCUGACCACAACUCUGGUCCUGUCUGUGUUGGUCCUGAUCUGGAUCUGCUGUGCCACUGUAGCAACUGCUGUAGACCAGUAUGUACCUGCUGAGAAAUUGAGCAUCUAUGGUGACAGUGACUGUAUCAAGGAGCAGAAACUGACUCCAUAUCCAGCCUCCUCCCUGCUGAUCAUCACCUCCACAGGGCCAGAUGAAGAGGCAGGGCCACUCCCUUCCAAAGUCAACCUGGGCCAGUCCGACAUCUAGAAGCCAAAGCUGUAGCAGAGAAGGGACAUUUUCCUUUAUGAAUUAUCUUUAGUUGAUUUUUUUUUAUCCUCUGGCACAAGACCUGUACUUCUUGGGCUUGUAACAGGAUCAAGAACUUGGAGAACAUUUUGUAUAACUCAUACGUCUUGUCUCCCUUUUAAAAUUGGAGUAAUGAAAAUAAGGUUUUUUUUCUGUAUAUUGUUAUAAUUGAGGCAUUAUAGUAAAGUGAUGACUGUAGAAGUCAAAUCGGUUUUGGGUUUUUCUCAUGUGUGCAUUAGGUGUGUACUUAUUUUACUGAAUAAUGUUUAAAUUAACUGCUUGACUUGAACUGAUGCAGGUUUCACCCACAAUCUCAACUCUUGGUAAUAUGGAUUGUGCUAAUGUUGCAGAUUCACAGCUGUUCUUAUGUUUCUACUGCAGUAACUUCCAGAAUAUAUUGAAUUGUACAAUAAAAUCCUAUGCUCUUGAUCUUAACAGUGAUGGUACAUGCAGUAGGUCCUUCCCACCGUUUUCUAUUCUUGUAAUGAUGGUUCAACAAUAAAUACAGUGGAGUGAA